AUGAAUCUUAUCUCUUGUUGUGAAUUUCCUUCUCUUCUUUUCUCUUCAAGCUUCACCACCAUCAAUCGGUAUGUGAUAUCUGCGCGCGCGCUGCGCUUGCGCUUCGCCAUUUUGCUUUCUUUGAAAGGAGCCUCGUUACUGACUUUUGAGCAGCAUUUCCAGAUAUAUAUUCUCCCGUCGUCGCUUUUCUUCUCCGUGCUCCGUUCGCGAUGCCUGACGAUCCACGAAGGUUCGUCGGAGCUCUCCGACCCUCCCUCGUCCUCUGAGGAGGAGAGAGAUGAAAACGCACCUCCUCGUCGUCGCCGUGGUCCCUCGUCUCGCAAGCUCCGUAAGGCCCGCGAGAAGAAGCAGAAGGCUGCUGCUGCCGCAGCAAAACAAGUGAAGUUUUCGAGCUUUGUUUUCAGUGCGACCGGUGGUCGCAGCGAUGGGAUUUGUUAUGCUGUUCCUGGGCAACGUCGCUACGAGCGUUGCGUUGAGGGUGGCUCCUGCAAGAAGAUUCCCAAGCCUGCCUUGCCUGUCGCUCUCUACUUUCUCGACUACUGCCGCGCCCACCCCGGUCCUACCAAGGACCUUGAAAAAGACGAGCAGAAGAUCAAGGAGAAGCGCCGCAUUGCGGCUAAGGUUAUCCUCGAUGGUAUCGCCGACAACACCUUUCCUGAUAAGCACGACAUUCGCCUUCGCGAGGCGGGGGUGAACUUGGGUUAA